AUGCUGCACAGCCUGUUGGCCAUCGCCAACCUGACUGCCCUGACGACGGCUCGAUGCUACUACCCCGACGGAAGCGAGGCGACUGAGCGGGAGUAUGAGCCCUGCGGCGGAGUCAACACGACGUUUUCGACGUGCUGCGUGUUCAGUGACGGCGAGGAGUGCCUGCCCAACGGACUGUGCACAUACCCGGGGCAUUACGACUAUCGAGGGGCCUGUAACAACGAGGAUUGGGAGGGUUGUGCAGAGAUUUGUCCUACGACAUCAAGCGAUGGAUGGGUCCAAGUUAAACAAUGCACGACCGAUGGAUAUUGCUGCAAUGUCGAGCGGGAGGGAAACUGUUGUGAAGACGGCACCGAUCGAUUUAGCCUCGAAGAGCGGCCUUCAACGAGGUCCUCCAUGGCCCCCAGCACAUCGACGACCGCUAUAGCAACCUCCCCGGUGACCGAGACGGCCGACGUACCGAAUAGCAAGUCUACGGAUGCAAUGGCAAUUGCCAAACCCGCCAAAAGGUCGUCCGUUGACAAGUCGAGUUCCACGCCCGUGGGACUUGUCGCGGUUGGCGUUGUCGGCGGCGUUCUGGGAGUGGUGGGAAUCGGACUGUGGGCUUUCCUGCGGCAGAGGAGGAAAAAGGCGGCAUUGGCUGGUCUUACCGCGUCAGGCUCCAAGUCAGUAUCCGGCUCGGAGCUGAGUGAAAUCAAGGAGGUAAGGAGGCCGAAGAGGAAAAGGCCGAAGCCGAAUCGGCCGGUGGAACUGGACGCUGGGCCGGACCAUGUGGUUGCCGAGGCGGAGGGAGACUCGCCACGGCACGCUGAGCGGCGGAGAGAGGCGCGGAGGAUGAAGAAGGCGAGGCUGAAAUGGAUCGCGGAGCUAGAUGCCGGGCCGGGCCAGGUCAUCGCCGAGGCGGAUUCCCGGCCGGUCCAUGUUAAACGCAGGGAGGAGGUGCAUGAGAUGGCGGCAUGA